CGCUUUUUGUUGCCCGUCAUGCACUCUUUGGCUGUCUGCUUCUCUGGCUCGUGCCCCACCCACACCCCUUGCGUAGAGUACUCCGAGGAAUUCCGGGACAUCGUAGGCAAGAGCAGCAAGAAGGCAGCGAUACCCGAGAGCGGCAUCACCCUCGUCAACCAGCACAAGAUCGACGAAGAGGCGCCAGAGUACACACCCGAGGUGCAGCACAUUCACCGCAAGGAGAAAAGGGUCGACUCUGGUGGCAUCACACUGACGAGCGUGAGCACGCGCGAUGGUGUGGUGCCCAAUGCACCGAAAAACCAGAGCACCAACAAGGGACCCAAGGAGACAGGCACCAACCAUUCCACCGUAGCGACAACCAACAACUCCACGCCACCCACUGGCACCACAAACACGGUGAAAAAGGCUUACAACCCGUUUGAAGAGGACGACGACAGAAUGAGGUCGACCACCCGAGCGACAUCGAACCCAUUUGAGGAGGACCACGAAGAUUGGGACGAAGAGUCAAAUGACGCACUGGUUGACAAGGGCGAGCCGGGUGUGCCUGUGAGAGCACUGUAUGACUAUGAUGGGCGGGACUGGGACCAGUUUGAAAAGCUAGAGGACGAAGACGAACAGGGCUGGUGCAAAGGCCGCAAGGACGGCCGGGUUGGCCUCUACCCCGCCAACUAUGUGGAAGUCGUCGUCCCCUAGAUGUGUCGCGAGCCAGGCCGAGCCGAGGUGAAGUGGCUGACC